CCGGUAACUAUCGUAGUAUCGACUUUACAGCGUAAACAGCGCCGUAAAAGCGAGCCAGGGAGCGACCGGGCAGCUGCCGAGAACUGCACGCACAAGCCCCAAAACAGCGGGCAGCGAAAAAACAGCAGCCGCGCGGGCCGAGGCUGCCCCGGCACCAGAAGAACGACCUCUACCUCGGGAUACACAACCCUUGUCAAAGGCCGCUGGAAAUCGGGUGCCGCAGAGAUCGCGGAGCGCAGCCCACCAUGCCGUCCCUCGCCGAGCUCCUGGACGUACGGGCCAAAGGUCUGGAGCAGGAAAGGAACACCCCCAAGCCGGUGCCGCUGCGCGAGCACCGCGACUACGCCAAGUACUUCAAAUGGCUCGAGGAGGGCAAGUUCACGCUGGGCGAAUUGAGCACGCAGCUCCUGCACGCCGGCCUCGACAACCGGGCGCUGGAGAUGGACCCGAGCAAGCCAUACGGCUGGAAGCCGUCGGACGACGAGGAGAAGAGGCCGGCUUGGGCGCCGCCGCCCGUCACGGAGCGGAGCAAGCCAGGCUUGAAGGCCGUCUUCGAGAUGUUCGACGGGGGCACCGCGCGGCCUCCGCGUCCUCGAAGCGGCUUCGACGCGCGCGACGCGCGGGGCUCCACACGGGACGCGCUCAUCUGUCGCCGUCCGCGCAGGGCUCCAUGGACGUCAAGAAACUAGGCGGGUGUCUGCACAAGCUAGGCGUCAAGUACGAUCGGCCGCUCUUCGAGCUGGCGACCAAGGCCUUCGACGAGGACCAGAGCGGCCUCAUCGAGUUCGAUGAAUUCGUGGAGAUGUUCGCCACGCUGCGGGCCUCGGACGAGCUCGCGCUGGGCGACUUCGGCGCGCCGUCCGCGGAGCUCACGGCCCAGGAACUGAGCGACGUGAAGGCGUCCUUCGACGCGAUCGACGCGGACGGCUCGGGCGCCAUCGACGAGGGCGAGGUCAAGACGCUCUUCGAGAAGGUCGGCCUGGACGCGACGGACAAGGAGAUCCGGGGCCUGGUCUCGUUCCUGGACGCGGACGGGAGCGGCGAGGUCGAGCUCGGCGAAUUCAACGAACUGAUGAUGUGCGCGAAGGCGCGACGGAAGGCGCCCGACGCGCCGCUGGACGCCGUCGGGGCGCUGAAGUCCAUGUUCGAGGAACAGCGCAAGGCGGCCAAGGUCGUGCGCGUCGCCGUCGGCGCGGCGCUCGCCGCGCUGCACCGCGACGCCGUGCCCGUCGACGGCGUCGGGGCGCUGGCCGCCUCGACGGCGCGCUGCCUCGUGGGGCACUGCGGCGAGACCAAGGCCGUCCUGCAGAUCCUCGGCGACGCCUCCUCGCAAGCGCAGCGCGCCGCCGACGCGCUGGCGAAGACCGAACUCAUGCUGAGCUGCGAGUCCGGCGACGUGGAGCAGUGCAAGCGGGCCCUGGCCAAGGGCGCGGACCCCGACAGCCGGGCGAGAGACUGCGACGGGAACUUCGGGCCCACGGGCGCGCCCGCGGCGCCGGAGGACGACGACCUCGACCCGGACGUCGCCGCGGAGCUGAAGAAGGCGAACGGCCGGACCUGCCUGCUGGUGGCGCUGGAGAACGGCCACCCCGGCGUCGCGUUCGAACUACUGAAAGCAGGCGCCUCGCCGUCGCUGGCGGACGACGCCGACGGGAUGACGCCCCUCAUGAUGGCGCCGAAGAGCCUGGCGGUGGUCAAAAACUCGAAGCUCGUGGAUCUGUUGUUUGCGGGGACCGACGUCGGCGUCGAGACGCCCGACGGCAGGAACGCGUGCAGCUUCGCGGCGGCCUUUGGGAGGGACGGCUACCUGCGGCGCCUCGUCGCCGGCGACUGCAGCCCGGAGGCCACGCGGCCCGGCGUCGCGUCGCCGCUGAUUCUGGCGGCGAUGAAGGACCACGGCAAGUGCGUGGAGUACCUCUGCAACACGGCCAAGGUCGACCUGGACUGCAAGGACCACGAGGGCAAGACGGCCGUCAUGCACGCGCAGGCCGGCGACCUCAAGAACAUCCGCGAGAUCAUCGACAAGGCCCGCGUGCGCGCGGCGCAGGAGGAGAAGGACCGCGCGGAGGGCCGCGGCUCGGCGGGCGACGCGCCGGGCCGGUCGUCGCGGCGGCGGUCGCUGAAGGGCUCGCUCGAAAGAUCCAAGAGCCGCCGGAGCCGCCGCUCGUCGGGGUCCAUCGACGAGGCCGCCGCCUAA